AGCUAAGAGCAGUGGCGGGAAGCAUGCGGGACUACGACGAGGUGACUGCCUUCCUGGGCGAGUGGGGGCUCUUCCAGCGCCUCAUUUUUUUCAUGCUCAGCGCCAGCAUCAUCCCCAACGGCUUCAAUGGUAUGUCAAUCGUGUUCCUGGCAGGCACCCCGGAGCACCGCUGCCGGGUGCCGGACACCGCGAACCUGAGCAGCGCGUGGCGCAACCACAGUAUCCCGCUGCGGCUGCAGGACGGCCUCGAGGUGCCGCACAGCUGCCGCCGCUACCGGCUCGAGACGAUCGCCAACUUCUCGGCGCUCGGGCUGGAGCCGGGGCGCGACGUGGACCUGGAGCAGCUGGAGCAGGAGAGCUGCCUGGAUGGCUGGGAGUUCAGCCAGGACAUCUACCUGUCCACCAUCGUGACCGAGUGGAGUCUGGUGUGUGACAAUGACUGGAAGACGCCCCUUACCACCUCCCUGUUCUUCGUAGGCGUGCUUCUCGGCUCCUUCCUGUGUGGACAGCUAUCAGACAGGUUUGGAAGGAAGACCACCCUUUUCGCAACCAUGGCUGUGCAGACUGGCUUCAGCUUCCUGCAGAUUUUCUCCAUCAACUGGGAAAUGUUCACUGUGUUAUUCGUCAUCGUUGGCAUGGGCCAGAUCUCCAACUAUGUGGUGGCCUUCAUACUAGGAACAGAAAUUCUUGGCAAGUCAGUUCGUAUUAUAUUCUCUACAUUAGGAGUGUGCACAUUUUUUGCACUUGGCUACAUGGUGCUGCCACUGUUUGCUUACUUCAUCAGAGACUGGCGGAUGCUGCUGCUGGCGCUGACGGUGCCGGGGGUGCUGUGCUUCCCGCUGUGGUGGUUUAUUCCUGAAUCUCCCCGGUGGCUGAUAUCCCAGAGAAGAUUUAGAGAGGCUGAAGACAUCAUCCAAAAAGCUGCAAAAAUAAACAACGUAGCGGCCCCAGGGGUGGUUUUUGAUCCUGUGGAGCUACUGGAGCUAACAUCCCUGAAGCAGCAGAAAGUUUUUAUUCUGGACCUGUUUAGGACUCGGAAUAUUGCCACAAUAACCAUUAUGUCUUUGCUGCUAUGGAUGCUAACCUCAGUGGGUUACUUUGCUCUAUCUCUCAACACUCCUAAUUUACAUGGAGAUGCCUACCUGAACUGUUUCCUCUCUGCCUUGAUUGAAGUUCCAGCUUACAUUACAGCCUGGCUGCUCCUGCGAACCCUGCCCAGGCGUUUUAUCAUAGCUGGAGUACUGUUCUUGGGAGGAGGUGUGCUUCUCUUAUUUCAAGUGGUGCCUGCAGAUUACAACUUCUUGUCCAUUGGUCUGGUGAUGUUAGGAAAAUUCGGGAUCACCUCUGCUUUCUCCAUGCUGUAUGUCUUCACUGCAGAGCUCUACCCAACGCUGAUUAGGAACAUGGCUGUGGGGGUCACAUCCAUGGCCUCCAGAGUGGGCAGCAUCAUUGCUCCCUACUUUGUUUACCUCGGUGCUUACAACAGAGUUCUGCCCUACAUCCUCAUGGGCACCCUGACUGUCCUGAACGGAAUCAUCACCCUUUUUUUCCCUGAAAGUUUUGGAAUGGCUCUGCCAGAGACCUUAGAGCAGAUGCAGAAAGUGAAAGGGUUCAGAUCUGGGAAAAAAACAAAAGAUUCCGUGGACAAAGAAGAAAAUCCCAAAGUUCUAAUAACUUCAUUCUGAUAAAAUUUCUACCCCAUUUGGGUAACUGAAAAACAGAUACAUAAGACUCUGUGAAGAAACCAAAGCUUUUCCUGAUGAAAUGGACUGACUAUAAUGAUUAACACUAAAACAGACCUUGCUGUUGAGAAAUGCUUGUCAUAGAGCAAACUCUGGACCGCUCUUCAGAUAAUCUCCUUAUUUCUCAAAACAAACCAUUUCUAGAGGGUUCUCCUUGCUAAUUAAUUCGAUGAAAUGGGUUUGUAAGAUUUUUUGAAAAUGUGUUGGUCAAAGAUUGGUAAAUCCAUAUGAAGAUUAACACUUAUUUCCAAACAUAUAAAUAUUAUACAAAGAAAAAGAAUGUCAUUGUAUUAACACAAUUAUCAGGUGACAACUGUGUGUGUGUGUAUAACUGAAACAGCACAUUAAAAAUUAUAGUAGUUUUUGAAGUGAACUUAUAUGCCACUGUAACCAAAUGAUUAUAUGCAGUAUUCCUAUCCAGAAAAUGUUAUACGCUCCUUUGAGAGGAAUUGAUGGCAGAUAUUAAUAGUGUUUCACAAGUGAAAUGCAGCAAGAGAUCAAGUAGCCUGGCUCAUGGCCUGUUGGCCUUUAAGAGGGGAACCAAGGCCGUUCCUAGCUAUAGUUUCAACAGCUACAGCUCACAGCCUAUUGAAUGGUGCACAUUUGUUGUGCUCUCUUUGAGCAUGUGACUAAGCCUUCUGUUUCCUAAGACUGUUUAUUUCGCUGGUAAACAGAGACUCAGGAAAACUGCACAAACCAGUUAGAUUGGUAGAGAUGGUCUCUGUGCCCCACAGCCUAGAAGGGUCAGCACCCAGGAAGAAGGCUAUCCACGCCAACAAUCUGGAGAGCUUUUAAAACAGUUCUUUCCAUCAAUACAUACCUUCCUAAGCACGGUAUGCAGCUGUAUUCUCUCCAACCAGUCAGCAAUAGCAGAACCUCAGUUCCACGAAUGAGCAGCGUAAAAGAUAAAAGCCGCUAACGGGAUAACGUGUUACCAUAAGCUCAGAAAAUAAAUGUCAUCUCUGUGUCUCACCAUAGUUUAGGCAUGCUGAGAUGUUAACAAAGCAAGAAGUGAGUCCUGGAGACUCCGGGCACAUGCUUUCACUGAAAGUGGCUUCUCUGAGAGCAGCACGGUGACAAGCUACUGACCCUUUAACAUAUCCAGUGCCAUGGUGCACUUGUAGGAAUAGGCAGCCACUGGUUUUUGAUGCUGCUUGGUGGCAUCAUCUCCUAAAACUAACUAUCCCCCAAUGCAAAUUUUCACUAUCUCAAUAUUUUUCAAAGGAACCUUUGAUAUAACAUCUUGAUCAACUGUCCUUAUUAUUUCAAGAUCCUUAUCUUUAACUUUUCUGAUUAACUCAGAAAUUUUUCUCUAUAUUGCCAUAUUUCUUACACGUGUUUUAUAUCUGAAGCACUGACACACUGAUCCUACUUUUUGAUUGUUACUUUAAAAUCCACUAGAAUAUCUUAGAAUAGUUUAUGCUUUGUCGUUGGGAAUGCAGGUGUGCAGCUGCAUCCACCCAGCGCUUUUUUCUCCCCCAUUGACGAAGCCUGUGUGGAUCACCCUUCCACCUACCCCACAGGGCACUGGGCUGCCUGUCUCUCAGCGAGUGGGUCAUGCUGCUUCCCUAAAAGCUCUCCUUGAACUUCCUUCCCACCAACAGUGACUGUUCACUCCUCUGUGCUCUCGUGUACUUGUUACCCUCAUUCACUUGGGCUCCUGUCUUGUUGCCAGGGACUUUCUCUUGCUUAUCUUUCUAUCCUGCAUAGUGCUGCUUAGCAUAGUGCUUUCUUUCAUGUAACAGGCAUUUGAUAAAUAUUCAUUUUAAUUAAAAUACUUUGUAACUCUAGCUUGGUGAAAAUGUUAUGUUUGAUACAUAGACAUCUGAAUUUUUAAAUACCUAAAUAUUAAAUGCUCUUAAAGCUUUUUCUAAAUAUAAAAAGUAGGGAUUGAUAAUUAACUUUUAUUACUGUUUGUACAGGUGCUUUAUAUUUUGUGGUAGUAAGAGAUGACUUUUUUAAAAAUCUAUUUAUAAAGAGGCAAUAAGUACACAAAUGAUUAUCUCUCUGGUAGUUCAAAGACAAAGUAGAUCAAUACAUGUCAAAAUAGUAUUUUAUUAAAUUCAAGAUAUAUUCCUGAUUUUUAAAAACGACUUUUAAAGUUAGUUCUACAAGGCAGCUUCUGGAGCAAUCUCAGACUGACAGCCAAUAUUACACUGCAUGUUAGAAUGAAACACUAGAGGCAUCCCAUUAACAGAAAUUAUAUGGAUACAUGAUUUAGCACCUUUUAUUUUCAACAUUUUGGGGUACAUUUUAGUAACUAUAGUCAUAGUACAAAAUAUAAAUACGAAGUAAAACCUUAGAAAAUAGACAAAAUUAUCAAUAUUAUGAGGAGCAUAUAAUAUUUUUUAUUUAUUUUUAAAAUCCAAGAGAAUUAACUGAAAAUUCUUUCAUUUAAAAGCUUCAGUUUAUGUGGAGGUAUAUAAGAAGUUUCCAUAAAUCAGCAAACUUUUAUGUACUAGAAAUAACCACCUAGAAAAUAUACUGGAAAAAAACAGGAUCCAUUCAUAACAGUCAUAAAAUACCUAGAAAUAAUCUUAAUAAAUGUAUAAAACCUAAGUGAAGAAAUUAUUCCAUUUAAGACUUAAAUGGAGACAUGCCAUGUUCCUGAAUGGGUAGAAUGAACACUGUGAACCUGCCAUUCUUACCAAAUUAAUUUACUACUGUAACAUAAUUAAAAUUAAUAUUUCAAUAAAAUAGUUUAGGAACUUAAAAAAGAAUUCUAAAGGGCAUUUGAAACAAUAAGACUGUCUACAAAGUUUUUGGGAAAAAAAAAGAGUGGUAAGGUGAAAUAUUCCCUCACAGAUCUAAAAAAACAGAGAAAGAUAAAUCAGUGAAAUGGGACAGGUAGCCCAAAAAUAGACCUAAAUGUUUAUAAAAUUGUAACAUAUGAUAAAGGUAUAUUGCAAAUUAUCAAGAAAAUGAUAAAUUAUUCAAAACUAGUGCUGGGACAAUUGAUAAGCUGGAAAACUGGUAAAAAUUGAAAAAACUGAAAAAAAUAUAGCAUCACCAUAAAACAUCAGAUUAAUUCUUAAUGGAUUAGAGAGUCAAAACAAAAAAUUAAACAAAUAAAUUAAAUCUAAGAAUAGAUAGGGAAUUAAAUUAAAGGUAAAAAUAAAUAGAUUUUGCUCUAAAUUUUCAAAAAGUCCUGUAUAUCAAAAAUCUUAAAAUUAACACAAGUUGGAAAAAUAUUAACAAAAAUAAAUUGGACAGUUGUUGUCCUUUCUGUUUAUGCAUCGAUUUUAAAAGUACCACUAAUACUCAAGUUAAAGCAGAUAGCAAGAAGGUUAAGUGCACAGCCUUUGGAGACCAGUGUUCCUGGGCUUGAUGCUGGCUGUCACUUAUCAGCUAUGUGGCCUUGAGCAAGUUAUAGUUAUCCUAAACCUCAGCUUCUUAAUUUGUAAAAAGAGGCUAAUAGCAGUUCCAUGGGGUGGUUGUGGGGAUUACAUGAGAUAAUGCAUAUAUUUAGCCAAUGCCUGGCAGGCUUAGAUGUUUUCUCUCUCUCAUCUCACUAAAUUCCAUAGUUAAUUAUUAUAAUCAACUUCAUUGCCCCUUUCUUAAUCUGCCUUACUCUUUGGGGCAAACUACAAUGCUGGUUAAAUCCAACCCUCAACCAACUUCACCUGCACAGCUAAAUGUAGCUGGAAAAAAAUAUGCAAAUAUGCUGACUGGUCUCACUUUAAAUUAAUCAUCAGCCAUUUCCAGAAGAGCCUUGUUGCUGACUGACAGUCAUGCUCCAUUGCCCUGCUCCAUUCUCUAUCCUCAGUGACCUUUCUCUUCAGAACUCCAACAUCUCCUCCCCGUGCUCACCCUCAGCUGUGUCUUUGCUUCCUAUCUCACCUAAAAACAGAAGUAAUGGGAAAGAACUUCCACAGAUUCUAACCACUGUAAUCCACCAACCUAACUGCAUCUGUACCCACACAAUCUGUCUUUUCUCCUGUUACUUGAGAUAAACUGUCUCUGCUCCUAGCACAGGCUUUGUCCUCUCUCUCUCUCUCUCAAGCUCUCUCUGUCCUUAUGCACUUGGUGCCCCUGCCCCCUUACCUACUCAAGGACAUUGCUCCAGCAAUUCUCCUAACUCUCUCCCCCAUCAUCAGUCUUUUCCUUUUCUACCGAAUCUUUCUCAUUCACCAUGCAAACAUGCUGUUAUUUUUACAAUGAUGAAAAGGCUCUCUCUUGACUCCACUUCUGCCUUUGACUACUGCCCCAUUUCACCUUGUCCCUUUAUAGCAAAACUCCUCAAAAGAUGGUUCUAUACUUGCUACUUCCAGUUUUCUCUCGAAUCCACUGCAAUUAAGCUUUAGUCCCCACCUCUGCACCAGAACAGCUUUUAUCAAGGUCCCCAAUGAUCUACAUGUUUUUUAAUUCAAUGGUCAAUUCAUAGUCCUCAUCUUACCUGCCUUCUCAAGGCAUCAGAUAAACUGAGUUCUCUUUCUUUGAAAUGCUUUCCAGGACACCACAUUUGCUUGGUUUUCCUCUUACUUUUUUGGUUGCUCCUUCACAGUCUCCUUUGCUGGUUCUUCCUCAUCUCCUCUACUGCUUACCAUUGGAACGUCCAGAACUUAGUCUUUGAUCCUCUUCCUUUUUUGAAAAAUCCAAUCACAUGAUUUUAAAUACCAUCUCUACAUUAACAACUACCAAAUACAUAGAGAGCUUAACUCCAGGCUCACACACCAACUGCCUACUCAAUAUCCUCACUUGGAAAUCUAAUGAGUAUCUCAAACCUAACAGGUCCAAAUUUAGUAUGUGCUCUUGAUUCCUCUCCAAAUCUGCUCUUCCUGAAGUCUUCCCUGUCUCAGUCAGAGGCAACUCCAUUUUUCCGAUUGCUCUUUCUCUCAUAUCCCAUAUCCAAUCUGUCAAUAAAGUCUUUGGCCAUAAUUUCACCAUACCUAGAAUUUAGUUUCUUGACUGGCUUCUGUUAGCUUCCUAACUGGUACCUCCUCUUUAAUUCUGCUCCUGCCCUCCUUCAGUCUAUUCUCAGCAUAGCAGUCUGAGUUAUCUAAAUGAGAUCAUGUCACUUCUGCUCAAAACCUUCCAAUAGCUUUCCAUCUCAGUCAGAUUUUUAAAAAGCCAGUCUUUAUAAUAGUGCAUAAGUCAGAUGAUCACAUGUCCCAGUUUUCCCAGGACAAUCACAGUUUCUAUCUAUUGGCCUAGUGUAAUUAUUAAUAACCCCUCCACCUCUCAUUCUAAUGUCACAAUUUGGAUGGUAAAUUAUAUAUAGUCACCCGACUUAUGGGGCCCUACUCUAUGUGCCUCCACCCUUUAGUUCUCUGACUUUGUCUCCUCUUACUCUCUCUAUUGCUUUCUUCAUUCAGGCUACCCAGACUUUGCUCUUCUUUGAACAUACUAGACAUGCUUCUGCAUGUUCCCUCUUCCAGGGAAUGCUCUUCCCAGGUAUCUGCAUGCCUUGCUCCCUUACUUACUUUUUCUUUGCUCAACUGUCACCUGCUUAAUAAAUCCUUACCUGACCACACUAUCUUAAAUUUCAUCCUGUUCUCUCUCUGUCCUAACUUACCUGUCCUUGCUUCAUUUUUCUCCAUAGUCCUUAUCACACUCUGACAUCCUAACUAAUUUACCUCUUAAUUUUCUUUAUUGUCCUCCUUCCUCAUAGGGCUUACAUUCCAUGAGGAGUGCUUCUGUAUCCCCAACAGUUAGAACAGUGCUUGGCACAUAGUAGUGCUCAAUAAAUAUUUGUUGAAAAAAUGAAUGAAUGUAUUAUUAUUAUCGUUAUUAUAGUUAAAUGGGAAAAAGUAAUUAUUAGUUUUCAAAUAAGAAAACAUUGGCCAAUAAACAUACAAAAGAAGUGUUCUGCUUCACAAGUAAUCAAAAGAAUACUAAUUGAAGUGACAAUGUGACACCAUUUUCCAACUAACAUUAGCAAAGAUUACAAAAUGACAUUAUUCAAUAUUGAUGAGAGUAUGAUGAGAUGCAGCCUCAUAUUCUUCUGGUGAGAAUGUAUAUUGGUUUAUUUUUUCUGGAAAACAACUUGGCAAAAUGUUUCCAGAGUCUUAAAAUGCUUGGAUUUUUUUUUUAAUGUAUUAACUCCACAGCUAGGAAAUAAUCAGUUAUAUGAAAUAAUUAUGCACAUAGAUGUUUAUCACAGCAUUAUUUGCGAUCUUAAAAAACUAAAUAUUAGCUAACAAAAGAGGUGAAAGACUUUUACAUUGAAAAUACAAAACAUUGCUAAAAGAAAUCAAAGAAGACACAAAUAAAUGGAAAGACAUCCCAUGCUCAUGGAUUGAAAGACUCAAAUAUCAUUAAAAUGUCCAUAUUAACCAAAGCGAUCUACAGAUUCAAUGCAAUUCCUAUUAAAAUCCCAAUGGCAUUUUUGCAGAACUAGGAAAAAAAUCAUCCUAAAAUUUAUAUGGAAUCUCAAGGGACCCUGAAUAACCAAAACAAUCUUGAAAAAGAAGAACAGAGUUGAAGGCCUCACACUUCUAGUUUCAAAAAAUACUACAGAGCAACAGUAAUCACAAAAGUGUGGAACUGGCAUAAAGACAGAUAUACAGACCAAUGGAACAAAAUAGAGAGCCCAGAAAUAAACCCUUACAUAUAUGGUCAAAUGAUUUUCCACAAGAGUGCUAAGACUACGCAAUGGGGAAAGGACAGUCUCUUCAACAAAUGGUUCUGUUAAAACUGAAUAUUCACAUGCACAAGAAUGAAGCUGGACCUAUACUUUACACCAUAUACAAAAAUUAACCCAAAAUAUGGGCCAGCCCCGUGGCUUAGCGGUUAAGUGCGCACGCUCCGCUGCUGGCGGCCUGGGUUCGGAUCCCGGGUGCGCGCCAACGCACCACUUCUCCGGCCAUGCUGAGGCCGUGUCCCACAUACAGCAACUAGAAGGAAAUGCAGCUAUGACAUACAACUAUCUACUGGGGCUUUGGGGGAAAAAAAUAAAUAAAUAAAAUUAAAAAAAAAAAUUAACCCAAAAUAGAUUAAAGAUCUAAAUGUAAGACCUACAACUAUAAAACUCCUAGAAGAAAACCUUCAGGACAUUGAAUUUGGCAAUGAUUUCUUGGAUAUGACGCCAAAAGCAUUGGCAACAAAAGCAAAAAUAGACAAAUGGGACUACAUCAAACUUAAAAACUUCUGAGUGUCAAAUGAAAAAAAAGAGUAAAAAGGUAACCUAUGGAAUGAGAGAAAAUAUUUGCAAAUCAUAUAUCUGAUAAAGGGUUAAUAUCCAGAAUGUAAAAGGAACUUCUACAACUCAACAACAAAAAAUAAAUAAUCUGGUUAAAAAAUGGGCAAAGGAUUUGAAUAGACAUUUCUCCAAAGAAGAUAUACAAAUAGCCAGCAAGCAUAUGAAACCAUGUUCAACAUCACUAAUCGUUAGGGAAAUGCAAAUCAAAACCAAGUGAGAUACCACCUCACACCCAUUAGGAUGGCUGCUAUCAAAAGAACAGAACACAGGCCGACCUUGGUGGUCCAGUGGUUAAGUUUGGCGCACUCUGCUUUGGCAGCCUGGGUUCAGUUCCCAGGAGCAGACCUACACCACUCAUCUAUCAGUGGCCAUGCUGUGAUGGCAGCUCACAUACAAAAUAGAGGAAGAUUGGCAACAGAUGUUAGCUCAGGGUGAAUCUUCCAACAACUACAAAAAACAAAAUAGAAAACAAUUGUUGGCAAGGAUGUGGAGAAAUUGGAAUCCUUGUGCACUAUUGGUGGGGAUGUAAAAUGGUGCAGCCACUAUGGAAAACAGUAUGGAGGUUCCUCAAAAAACUAAAAAUAGAAUUACUAUAUGAUCCAGCCAUCCCACUUCUGGGAAUAUAUCCAAAAUAAUUCACAGUAGGAUCUCAAAGAGCUAUUUGCAUACCCAUGUUCAUCACAGCGUUAUUCACAAUAGCCAAAGCUAGAAGUGAGCCAAGUGUCUAUCAACAGAUGAACCAAUAAGAAAAUGUAGU